CGGAUGCCAGGGCAAACUCCCAUAGGAUUUGAUUAAUUUCACUUCCAAUGUUCCCGGCCGAAUGCGAAGCUUAGAGGUGCGGCGGCGCUGGUGUUCAGCCUCCAGAAUCGCUGUUCCGAUCUCAUGCUGCUUGCUGGGGAGGCUGCACCAGCAGCCAACGACGCCGAACCCCCGUUUGCUGGAACAGCCCAGCAUAAUCCGAAAAGCAUGCGCCGCGCCAUUGUCUACGCUGCAACAACCAAAACAUAUUAAUUUUCACAUUAAAUACAAAGGCAUGGCGCUGGCCCGUUCGCGGGCUGCGCUACGGUGCUGCUACCAUAAUACAACGGUUUCAAGACAAUGCUUUAGCUCCAGUCGACAGCUACAGCAUCCGCGCUCUGCAGGCACACUGUCUAUACCACAAACGAUACAAAGCGACGAUCAGCCUGACGAAGAAACUAUUGAAACAAUGAUUCAAUGGAAAGAUUCAAUGGCCCGUUUGCGACGUGACGCAGAUCAUGAUGGGGUGAUGGCAUCGCUUCGGGCCAUUCGCAACAAAAACGAUCGAUUCCUUACAAGCGAGGCAGCGCAACCCAUAUUAUUCGAUAUACUAGACUCGGCUAUUACGAAACAAAAGUGGACAGCGGAAAUUAUUCAAAUUGCAGAGCACCUGCGUGACCAACAUAACUUUGAAUGGCCGGAGCUCUAUCACAGACUCAUCGAACAUCACCUACAUGAGGGGAGAGGCGAUCUCGCAGUGUUUUGGCAUCUGAAUUUGAGCCCCAAAUUCCCGCCAACGGAAGCUACUGGCCGAAAUCUAUUAAUUAAAUUUAUUGAAGACCCAAACGAAGACGUGCAGUCGGCGUUACGGUCAAUAUACAGCUUCAGCCCUGGCCGAAAUGUAUAUGACGUCGUCAUACCACAACUCUAUGCCGCCGGAAAGUCGAAUCUGGCAAGGAAAUGGCGAAAAACUUUUAAACUUGGUAAGGAUAACCCAAAAUCGGCUCGCUGUCGACCAUUCCUACGAUAUCUUGCAUCAUAUUACCCAUCAAUACAACUCUCGGCCGAGGAGCGGCGCUUGGCUGAUCUUGAGCCGUUGUCAACAACGACUAGCGAUACAGGUCUAGCACCUCCAGAAAGUCGGCCUUAUAGUGAUGGUAUUAUCGCCCGCUGGUUUGCCAGCUCUUGGACUUCUGUGGAGUUUGCCAUCAACUUCAUCGCACAGAUUGGCAUUCCGGCAAUUGGACCGCGGUCAUUGCAGGCAUUGGCUCUUCGUGAAGCUAAUGCGAGUGAUUUGUUUGCUCGACUAAAAGAACUCGAUGCAGCUGGAAUCGGCAUCCCGACUAAUACCUAUGGUAUUGCCAUCGCACAGUUUGCUCGAGAGAGAGACGAUGAAUCGUUAACGGCAAUUCUCAAUUGUGAUAUCCAUCCGGACGAGUUUGACGACAGUGAAACGAGAGCUCUGCUUAUUAAUGCAGCCAAACGUACUGGAAACAGUGCUCAACAAUAUCUUUUGGAAAGAGUCGAACGUAUACUUCAAACACUGGAGUCGACGCCAGCGCCGACCUUAGCGGAGACGACAUUGUCAGCACAAGGAGUACCAAAAGAUAUAACUACCACAGAGCCUGUUUCACAACAAGCGGCUAUGGCUGUGCUGCAGUCUAUUUUUGGCCGCAUUUCAAUGCAUAAUAAGCGGAUUUUACUCAAGCAGCACACGCAAGAUCAUGUUGAUCUUGCGAUUGCUGCAAUGUUCCGUAUUACGCGGUCGAAUUUCGCCAUCCCAACCAAAUAUUGGGCCCAUUUGUUGGAGAUUCUGGGCCGUAGUGGCAGGCUACAAGACCUCGAGGCCAUCAGCUUGCAGCUUGUCAAACUAUAUACCUCCAAUAACCGUGGCUUGGUGUUAAUACAUGGGACGGAUGUGCCGCGGUCGUCAUUUCGAUAUGCUAAUGGUUCUGAGGAUUCGGCAGAAGCCUCCGACGAGCAUAUAGAAGAGUUACCAUUAUCGGUAGCACAACUGGAAGUUGAUCUACAUGCAUCACCGAAAGUCGUUGACGAUGUUUACGAGCAAACCAUGAAUAGCGAGGUUGGCGAAGCCGCAUCAACUGAUGACUACAACAACUUAUUCGCAGCUCGAGACACUGCCGCUCGUAUGCCUUCUGUAGACCACAAGCAAGAGUCUCUCAAACGCCUGCAGCAGGUAUUUACCAAAACCAGCAAGAGUAACGAUGGCCACGAGGUACCUCAAGCUGAAAGCCAAGACGGCAACUCAAGUACCAAUAUCUCCAGUUCAACAGCUGGUGAAAUUACUUCUGCUGACGACUUUUACGCCCUGUUUUCUACGAGAAGGCACGAACACGGAACAGUGAAAAAAUCUAAGAAGAGCCGACAGGAGAUUGCCACAGAGCGACUUGAUGCAUUAAUGGCAAGCGAUGGCCCUACGCAGCCCAUUGGCAAGCAAGCAAGCAAGCGAAUCGCCGGCCCGCGGCCCCAAGAGUUAAUCAUCAGAAGCUACUACGGUUAUCCGCUGGCUGAGCGAGAGUACAUCCCUGCCGAUAUGCCGUUCAGCCAUCGGCAGCACCCCCUACAGAAGGUGUUUAAUAGCACGAUGCAACGGCGCAUCAUUCGCUGGAGCUUCGACCAGCUGAUGCGCGCCAAGUCUGCACAGGUUAACAAGUACACUCUGCUGCGCGGCGAGUCGUGGGAUUUUGCAUCAGGCGUGCGCAUGCUCGCUCUGCUGCGGGAUCAAGGGGUUCUUAUUGACCAAGAUUUGCUCUGCGCAAGCAUUGUAUCGCGCAUUGCUGUCAGCCAGAUCCCCGGCCGUCUGCAGCAUAGCUCGCGAGAUACCACAGCGCAGUCCAUGGAGUAUCUGCUCAGAUCUAUGGAGCUCGCGUGGGGGGAUAAGCUGUUCGAAUCGGCAGUUGAGCUGAAUGAUCGCGUCGAGGUUAGUAAGGUGCAGACUUGGGAUCGGUACUCAAGGCUAUUCGAGAAGAGAGAGCGACGUAAACGGAAAGAUACGUACAAUGUCGGAGGCGCGAAGACGCUGUAAUACUGGCGUUUUGGUCUUUUGGUUUUUGAAGAAGACUUGUUUGUGGAAAGCACACUUUGUAUUAUUACGGGAGAACAACAAAAAGCAUGGCCUGGCGUACAUGUAUAUAUCAAAAUA